AUGGAAAAUGAUAUCUUAAUAGAAAGAGAAAAACCUGAGGAAUCUGAAUCACCUCAAUCGGAAUUGCAGAUUCUGGGAAACCUAAAUAGCCAGGCCUCUACUAGCGAAUCAGGAAAUCAGCCUGAUAAAGUUCCAGAGGUACAGGAUUUGGAUGCUGAGGCAUUAGCAGUUCUGGGUGAAAUAAACAUAGAACAGGUAAAAGGUCCACCUCUUCACUCUGAAAUUCCAAACAGAUGGACAACCAUUCUGAGCAAAUGCCUAAAAAAGGAAGACAAGAGAGAGCUUAUGCAAAAAUAUAUGCCAUUCGAAAAUGUGCCAAGUUUAAUAGCACCAACUUUGAACCUUGAAUGUAUCUCAGCAAUUUCAGCAUCUAUGCUGAAAAGGGAUACAAUUAUUAAAAAAAAAAACAAAAACAAAUAG